GACGAUUUUAACGACCGCCAGAACCUCGAGAACUCACGCCGAAUUGUUGCGCAACUGCCCCUGUGUCUUUGCAUUUUCAUUCCAUUACUUUCGCUCAUGCGUUUUAGAGGCUACCCAUACCCGUAAUGGCCCACUACAUCGCGUCACCUCGAACGGAGGCGAGCGACUUCUCACGCGUCGAUACCACCCAGGCACAUUUCGACUUUGGAGAGGAAGAGCCCUCAUUUCGCGCGCCCGAAGGACGGGAUGCACUUUUCAGCAAAAUGGGCGGUGCCAGGCCGCGAAUACCUUCGACCCCGCACCGUUCCCUCGCUACACUGCGCAAAACGAACGUACGAAACGAGUUCACUCCGAUGCUUAAGAGUGCAACGACAAAUCGCACACGCCAGGUCAAUGGCCUUUUGGCUGGCAACAAUAUGACACCUGCCGCGUUAAAACCCGGAUUUGAGCUUGGAGGCACUCCUCUCCCAGAAGCAAGUACGAUAGACGGGUUGAACUCCAGUUCAAUCAGCGAGUCGGCAGUGGACGGGCAGACCCCCAUGCCUGAGAUUUCAAGCUCAAGCGCAAUGAGUACGCCUAUGGCGCUGCCACAGAGAGGGCAGGAGCCGUUAGAUAAUGGCAAUGUGCUCACCUUGCGGGAGCAGGAAGCUAGACUCAAGCAGAUUGACAAAGAGAAUUUCGGCCUUAAACUCAAGAUCCAUUUUCUGGAGGAAAGCCUCCUUAAAGCCGGUCCAGAGUUCAAUGCAGCCGCCUUGGCCGAAAAUGUUACCCUCAAGACCGAAAAGGUGACCAUGGCGCGAGAUCUACAAAAUUAUGCCAAGAGCCUGAAAGCGGCUGAGAAGGAGCUCGAGAUGUACAAGCAGCAGCUGAAGGACUAUGCCGAGAAGGUCAAGAGGCGUCAUGCCGAGGAAGAUAUGCGAGAAGAGAUGGAAGAGCUGAGAGAACUUGCACAGGAACGUGAGGAGGAGCUAAAGGAACUACAGGCCAAGCUCGAAGAUGUACAAGGCAAUGAGGAGGAAGCGGAAGAGGUGAAAAGGGAGCUUUCCGAGGCGAAAGCCGAGUUGGAGCGCAGGGAUCAGGAAUUGGAUGAGCUCGAGGCACAGAUUGAGGAUCUUCAACAGCAACUGGAUAGGCAGAGCUCGGAGCAUGGCAAAAUGGAAGAGAACGACCGGAGAUUCGAAGAACAGGCCCGGCAAAUCGAAGAGAAAGAACGUACGCUUGCGGAGACAUCAAGCAAGUUGGCUGAAGUGCAGGAUCAAUUGAACUCACUCAGAGAGUUGAAGGAUGGGGAAAUAUCCGGCCUUCAGCAAAAGCUCCAUACGACCAUACAUCAGAAAGAUCUCGAGCUGGAUGCGUUAAAAAUGCAGCUUGGCAAGGGCGAGGAACAGACGCAGCGCUUACGGGCAGAUUUUGAAGAACGUCUACAUGCUCUUGGGCGGGAGAAGGACGUCGAGAUCAAGUCUUUGCAACGUCAAGUCGAAACAGCCCGGCAAGAAAAACAGGCAGAGAUCGAGUCUCUCCAUGAUCGGCUAAAACUCGCUGAGGCCCAGGGCGACAACAAGGCACAGCUUGCCCAGCAAGCUGCCAGUGCCUCCCAACAGAAGGUACUUGAGAUAGAACGGGAAAAACGCGCUGAGUUGGAGUUACUACAAUCCAGGCUUGAUAUUGCGGAGGCUAAAGCGGACGAUGUCGAGACCUACAGCAAGCAGCUCCGCGAAGCAGAGCAACGAUAUGCUCGCCUUCAAGACGAGUCAACAGCUUAUCAACGACAAAUAGAAGAACUUCGCCAACAACUGGAGAGCCAGAAAAUGUCGCAAAAAGACCGUGAAGAGGCAAAGCAGGAAAUCAAGAAGCUGCGGUCUGCCAUGUCAAGCAAAGAGAGUCAGAUCGAAGCACUGCAGAAGGUUACCCGCGAACGCGAUACUCUCUCCCUAGAACUUGCAAACCUUCGGUCAUCUUCACAGAUGCGGGAGCGCGAUGUGCUCGACUUGCAGAGGAAGCUCCAGAGUGCGGAGGCUUCUGUGGCAGAGUUGGCUACAAUACGUGCCCGACUGCUCGAGUGUACACGCGAUCUAGAAUCAGCUCGCAAAGCCUUGGCCGAACGUGACGCAGAGUUAGAUGCACUUCGGAACCAUGCUGACGAACCUGGUACGCAGUUGGAUGCUAUGCAGGAUCUUGUCCGCAAGCGCGACGACGAGCUGCAGAUUCUUCGUGACGACAUCAACCGUUACAAGGGUCAAGUUGAGUCAUUGCAACAUCUAAAAGACGAGAUGAGCAGGGAGUGCGAAAAUCUCAAGGCAACCAUGGACCGCGCGAAGCAAGACUACGAGGAUGAGAUCGAUGUUCUCCAAGAAGCUGCAGACGAAGCGGCUGACGAAAAGGCUUCUCUGGAAGAACGGCUAACAAGCCUCCAGAAGGAGGCCCAAGCUACUCAGGCGCUCUCGAUCAAACUCGCCACUCUAGAGGCCGACCUUCGCAAAUGCGAACGAGAGAAGGCGCAAUUAUCUUCCAGGCUGGUCGCAUUGGAAGCGGAGCUUCGUGAUGCAGAGGAUGAUCGAGCUCAGCUCCGUAACCGCUUAGAGAAGAUGUCGGGGGAGCUCGAGGUCAACCGGAAAUCUUCCAACAACAGCGCUCUGAGUAAAGGGCUGCACGAUCUUCUCAAGAAAGCCAAACUUGAAGCGGAGGACCUGUCCAUUCGCGUUACUGAGCUCGAACAUGAACGCAAUGAUCUCGAGCGUCGACUGAGAUCAGACAUUCGUGCUCGAGAUGCAAAAUUACAGGCUGCGGAGCUGCAGGUGGAAACACUACAGCUACAUAUGGCUGAAAAGCGGAACGAGCUCGAGACUCUCCGUGACACCUUCCAAGACCAGCUUGAAGGCCAGGAGAAUCGCCUCAAAGCCCGACUACAGGAGAAGGAGAAACAGCUGAAUGCGCUCCAAGAACAGCUGCACGACUUGCAGAAGGCUCAGCAGGUUGGGGAUCGGCAAUCAGUUCUUGACCUCAAGGGCCAAAUCAUGGACAAGGAGAAGCGUCACAUCAAGGAGAUACACGGAUUGGCAAAGCAAAUUCAAUAUUUGCGGGCAAGGUGUGUCCGCGAGGAGGGGUUCAGGGAAAGUCUAGGAUAUCAAAAGCGCUUUUGUCUGAUGAUGAUCGAGGUUUAUAACCAAUGCAACAAGGCAGACCUCAAACUCAUCGAGGAGAUGGGUAUCACCCCAGAUAUCUCGUACCACUCCCGUAAGCAUAGCCUGAAGACUGUGGGGUGUGUUGUGGUAGCGGUGAUCAGGAUGCAAAAACUAAGCGAACAUUGGGGUACACAACGAAAACUCCAUUGGCAGCUGUUGCAGAAGCUGGAAGGUAUGAAGAGGCGGGGGACGAGAAAUUCCAGAGUGGCUCAGUAGGGAUAACGGGCAGUCUCCUACGUUUGAUGGGUAUCAUUAGUAUUUCCGGGUGCGGCGUUGCAAAAUUCAUGGUUUCCAUUGGGUUGGUAAGCUUAGGGGGCAUUGGUGUACACAUGAUCAAUGUUACGAGAGUACAACGCAGUCAUGCUGUCCAUGUCGGCGCUGCGAUCUCUCUGCCGCCAGACAGGGGCAUCCGCUCCAGGAUCGGUCUAUGGGGACGGAGCUUUUGCUCAGCCAUUGCCACGCCUAUGAAUGAUGCGAUAAGCAUAACAAGACUCCCGAAUUCGUCGGU